AAAAUUCCAAAGCUUCAAAACCAUUUUACAAAACCAGAAAACCAUCAAAGAAGGCAGCUGACAAAGUAAAGCCCACCGUCUUCAAAACCAUCGAACCCAUCAAAGCCCAAACCCGGAAACCGCCAACAGACUUUCCCACCUUCUCCACCCCCUAUAAAUUCACACUUCACUUCCUCACCUCUCUCCAAAACCAUUUCAGACUUCAGUUCAUAAUUUCAUAUAUCUAAUAUCAUCAGCUGUUUUUACUAAACUUUCCGAUCACCGGCAUGGCUGACGUGGCAGAGAAAGAGCGGAGGAUCCUGGUGGCCGUCGACGAAGGGGAGGAGAGCAUGUACGCUCUCUCAUGGUGUCUUGGGAACGUGGUUUCUUCCAAAGAUACCUUAAUCCUGGUGUACGUUAAGCCCCCAAAAGCUGUGUACAUGCCUCUAGAUGGCACAGGUAGGAGUCAGAGUUCUUCAGGGUAUAUGUUUUCGAGUGAUUUAUAUGCGACGAUGGAGAAUUACAGCAACGAGGUGGCCAACAGCGUCAUCGAGAAGGCCAAGAACAAGUGCAGGGAUGUUCUUCAGGAGCAGGAUGUUAAGGUGGAGACGAGAAUAGAGAAUGGUGAUCCAAGGGAUGUGAUUUGCCAUCUGGUGGAGCAGCUUGGUGCUCAUAUUUUGGUCAUGGGUAGCCGUGGCUAUGGUCUCAUCAAGAGGGCUUUUCUUGGAAGUGUUAGCAAUCACUGUGCGCAGAAUGUGAAUUGUCCUGUGUUGAUUGUGAAGAAGCCGAAAACCAAUAAUGGGAGCAAGUGAUCUUAAUCUUCUCUUCUUCAUUGAAGUUACUUCUCUUGGCUUGUGCUUGGUAUAAUUAUACAAUUUGUACUUUAAAUUGGUUACUUUUUCAUCAUUCGGUACAUGUCAAAUUUCAUGCAGUAAAUUUAUAAUGUAUCAAUGGAAAAACUAUCACAAACGAGUGAGACUCAUUUCUGGUACUGAAGCCCUAUGUGGCACAAAGCGGUUACAUGAUUCGAAC